CUCUCUCUCCCUCUCUGAAGUCUCCUCCACUUCUCCUUCUUCCUCCGUCCCUUCCUUUCCGCUCACUGCAACUCUCCUCCUUUGUCCCCUUCCUAACGCCGAUUGCCUACCGACAGCUUUUUUUCUCUCCCUUCCCCUUAUAAGCCCUUUGCUUCCUACUCACCCCAUACAGUCUCCUCUCUCUGUGUCUCUCUGUCUCGCUACUACUCUGUUUUCCUGAUCCUCUGUUUUUUCUUUCGUCUCUCCCAUGGCGUUCGGCUGUAUACCCAAUUGUUUUAACACCCGGCGCCGCCGUGGACCCAACGGGGACAGGGUUGCGGCGGUUUCAGACGAUUCCUGCUGCUGGGGUGAGGUUGAGAGUGAGGAGGAAGGGAAAGGAGGAGCAGGGGAUUAUGACGAUUGUUCUCCGGUGAGGUACGGGUGGGACGAGAUUGAGAAGCUGACCCGGAAUUUCGAGUGCUUGAUUGGAUCCGGUGGGUUCAGCAACGUGUAUUUGGCUGCCGGUUCCGCGGCGGUGAAGGUGAGCUGCUCAGGGGAUUAUCUCAGUCCUCUGUUCAGCCAGGAGCUCGACAUCCUCCUCCGCCUCCACCACCGGCGCAUUGUCAAGCUUCUGGGCUACUCCGACGAUAAAGGUGGCGCGCUGGUAAUGGAGUAUGUUCCCAAUGGAACGUUACAGGAGAACCUCCACGGGAGCGGCCGGCGGCCGCUCCCGUGGAGCAAAAGGAUGGCGAUUGCGUACCAACUCGCCGAAGCAAUCGAUUACCUCCACUCCAGCGUAGGUGACGUCCCAAUCGUACACGGGGACAUCAAGGCGUCCAACGUCUUGCUCGACGGGGAGCAAAGCUGCAAGCUUUGCGAUUUCGGGUCGGCGAAGAUGGGGUUCUCCUCCGCCGUGGCGACGGUGGGCGGGCCGAGGAGGGGGAAGAAAUUGGUGAUGAUGGGCUCACUGGGUUACUCCGACCCGUGUUAUCUGCGUACUGGUUUGGCUUCCAAGAAGAACGACAUCUACAGUUUUGGGGUGAUCGUAUUGGAGCUGGUGACGGGCCGGGAGGCGUUCUCAGAGGAGAAAGGGGAGGUUUUGGCGGCGGUGAUUAGGGAACGCGGCGAUGAAAAAGCAGGGGAUUUGGCGGGAUUGGUGGAUCCGAAAUUGGGAGGCGAGUUCGAUUUGGGGGAAGUGGAGGCCAUGUUCGAGAUGGCGAGGAAAUGUGUUGGGCUGGCGGUGAGCGUGCGGCCUUCGGCGGCGGAGAUCGUGGAGAGCAUGAAGGCGAGUGUGGCGUCUGCGUUCAUGUGCGGGGAGGAGGGAAAGAAGAAGUUUUGAACAGAGGGAUUGGUGUAAAUUUGGGUUAUACUCUGUUUUGCUGGGAUUAUACGCUGUUUUUUGGGGGAUUUUUUGUGAUUGGUUCACAUGAUUGACAAUCCAUAUGUAUAGAUUCAAAAACCAACAUAAAGGAAUGGAAGAAAGAAAGGAAGAGGGUUAGGAUUUUACUAUUAGGGGAUGAUUGGAAUAGCAUGCAGUGAAAAGCUUGGCAUUGUUUGCUUCCUUAUUAUUGGAUUGAGAAGUCGGUUGUUUGUUAUUCCACGUCGUUACAAAUGUUGCGUAGUAGUAUAAGUUUUGGAUUUCUUGUUUGUUAAUUGUCAUUUCAAUUUGGGGUUUCAAAGCAAAUGGGUAAGAUUCCAAAUCACGUAGAAGAGUAUGCAUCGAUCGAGCAAG